CGGCCCCGGCCCCGGCUGCCGCCCCCGGCCCGGACUCGGCCUCCGGGCCGUCCUCGGACUCCGGCCCCGAAGCCGGCUCGCAGCGCUUGCUGUUCUCGCACGACCUGGUGUCGGGCCGUUACCGCGGCUCGGUGCACUUCGGGCUGGUGCGCCUUAUCCACGGCGAGGACUCGGACUCGGAGGGCGAGGAGGAGGGCCGCGGGAGCUCGGGCUGCUCCGAGGCUGGCGGCCCCGGGCACGAGGAGGGCCGCGCCAGCCCGCUGCGCCGCGGCUACGUGCGGGUUCAGUGGUACCCGGAGGGCGUCAAGCAGCACGUGAAGGAGACCAAGCUGAAGCUGGAGGACCGCUCUGUGGUGCCCCGGGACGUGGUCCGGCACAUGCGCUCCACCGACAGUCAGUGUGGGACGGUGAUCGAUGUGAACAUCGACUGCGCAGUCAAGCUCAUUGGCACCAACUGCAUCAUCUACCCUGUCAACAGCAAGGACCUGCAGCACAUCUGGCCCUUCAUGUAUGGGGACUACAUUGCCUACGACUGCUGGCUGGGGAAGGUCUAUGACUUGAAGAAUCAGAUCAUCCUGAAGCUGUCCAAUGGCGCCAGGUGCUCCAUGAACACGGAAGAUGGUGCCAAGCUCUACGACGUCUGCCCCCACGUCAGCGACUCGGGCCUCUUCUUUGACGAUUCCUACGGCUUCUACCCGGGCCAGGUGCUCAUCGGCCCAGCCAGGAUCUUCUCCAGCGUCCAGUGGCUGUCGGGGGUCAAGCCGGUGCUCAGCACCAAGAGCAAGUUCCGUGUGGUGGUGGAAGAGGUGCAGGUCGUGGAGCUCAAGGUCACGUGGAUUACCAAGAGUUUCUGUCCAGGGGGCACGGACAGCGUCAGCCCCCCGCCCUCUGUCAUCACCCAGGAGAAUCUAGGCAGGGUGAAGCGUCUCGGAUGCUUUGACCAUGCUCAGCGGCAGCUGGGGGAGCGCUGUCUGUAUGUCUUCCCAGCCAAGGUAGAGCCGGCCAGGAUUGCCUGUGAAUGUCCAGAAAAAAACUGCGCCCAGGGGGAGGGCUCUGUGGCCAAGAAGGUGAAGCGCCUCUUGAAGAAGCAGGUCGUGCGGAUCAUGUCGUGCUCCCCGGACACCCCGUGUCCCCGGGACCACUCCACAGAGGACCUGGACAAGAAGGGGGACGCCAAGGCCAGGAGCGAGCUGGGCUCUGCCAGCCCCGAUGAGACGCCUGAUGGCUCGGCCAGCCCGGUGGAGGCGCAGGAUGAGGGGCCCGAGGAGCCUCCUGAGGCUGGCGAGCAGCUGCCCCCCUUCCUGCUGAAGGAGGGCAGAGACGACCGGCUGCACUCGGCCGAGCAGGACGCAGACGACGAGGCUGCUGACGACACGGACGACAGCAGCUCCGUGACGUCCUCUGCCAGCUCCACCACCUCCUCGCAGAGCGGGAGCGGCACGAGCCGCAAGAAGAGCAUCCCCCUGUCCAUCAAGAACCUCAAGCGGAAACACAAGAGGAAGAAGAACAAGAUCACCCGGGACUUCAGGCCAGGGGACAGGGUGGCUGUGGAGGUGGUGACCACCAUGACCUCAGCAGACGUGAUGUGGCAGGACGGCUCCGUGGAGUGCAACAUCCGCUCCAACGACCUGUUCCCCGUGCACCACCUGGACAACAACGAGUUCUGCCCAGGGGACUUCGUGGUGGACAAGCGAGUCCAGAGCUGCCCGGACCCUGCCGUGUAUGGCGUGGUGCAGUCUGGGGACCACACUGGCCGCACCUGCAUGGUGAAGUGGUUCAAGCUACGGCCGAGCGGGGAUGACGUGGAGCUGAUUGGAGAAGAGGAGGACGUGAGCGUGUAUGACAUUGCCGACCACCCGGACUUCCGGUUCCGCACGACAGACAUCGUUAUCCGCAUCGGCAACACUGAGGAUGGGGCCCCUCCCAAGGAGGACGAGCCAUCGGUGGGUCAGGUGGCCCGUGUGGACGUCAGCAGCAAGGUGGAGGUGGUGUGGGCUGACAACUCAAAGACCAUCAUCCUGCCCCAGCACCUGUACAACAUCGAGUCCGAGAUGGAGGAAUCCGACUAUGACUCGGUGGAAGGCAGCACCAGCGGGGCGUCCUCAGACGAGUGGGAGGACGACAGCGACAGCUGGGAGACGGACAAUGGGCUGGUGGAGGAUGAACACCCCAAGAUCGAGGAGCCCCCCAUCCCUGCCGCUGAGCCACCAGCCGUCCCUGAGGAGGACAAGGGCGUGGUCAUCAGUGAAGAGGCCGCCACGGCCGCCAUCCAAGGGGCUGUGGCCAUGGCCACCCCCAUGGCGGGGCUGAUGGAGAAGGCGGGCAAGGAAGGGCCCCCAAAGAGCUUCCGGGAGCUGAAGGAGGCCAUCAAGAUCCUGGAGAGCCUGAAGAACAUGACGGUGGAGCAGCUCCUGACGGGCUCGCCCACCUCCCCCACAGUGGAGCCGGAGAAGCCGACGCGGGAGAAGAAGUUUCUGGAUGACAUCAAGAAGCUGCAGGAAAACCUCAAGAAGACCCUGGACAACGUGGCGAUUGCUGAGGAAGAGAAGAUGGAGGCGGCGCCCGACGCGGAGCGCAAGGAGGACAAGCCCGAGGGGCAGUCUCCAGUGAAGGCGGAGUGGCCCAGCGAGACCCCGGUGCUCUGCCAGCAGUGUGGCGGCAAGCCGGGCGUCACCUUCACCAGCGCCAAGGGCGAGGUCUUCUCCGUGCUGGAGUUCGCCCCCUCAAAUCACUCUUUUAAGAAAAUUGAGUUCCAGCCUCCAGAAGCCAAGAAGUUCUUCAGCACGGUCCGGAAGGAGAUGGCACUGCUGGCUACCUCACUGCCCGACGGCAUCAUGGUCAAGACCUUCGAGGACAGAAUGGACCUCUUCUCCGCCCUGAUCAAGGGGCCCACCCGGACGCCCUAUGAAGACGGCCUCUACCUGUUUGACAUCCAACUCCCAAACAUCUACCCGGCCGUGCCCCCCCACUUUUGCUACCUCUCCCAGUGCAGCGGCCGCCUGAACCCCAACCUGUACGACAACGGGAAGGUGUGCGUCAGCCUCCUGGGCACCUGGAUUGGAAAGGGAACAGAGAGGUGGACGAGCAAAUCCAGCCUUCUCCAGGUGCUCAUCUCCAUCCAAGGCCUAAUCCUGGUGAAUGAGCCAUACUACAAUGAGGCGGGCUUCGACAGCGACCGGGGCCUGCAGGAGGGCUAUGAGAACAGCCGCUGCUACAAUGAGAUGGCGCUGAUCCGCGUGGUGCAGUCCAUGACCCAGCUGGUGCGACGGCCCCCCGAGGUCUUCGAGCAGGAGAUCCGGCAGCACUUUAGCACUGGCGGCUGGCGACUGGUGAGCCGCAUCGAGUCCUGGCUGGAGACCCACGCGCUGCUAGAGAAGUCCCAGGCACUGCCCAACGGGGUCCCCAAGGACAGCAGCUCCCCGGAACCGCCCGCGGGGGCCGAGCUCUCAGACUCGGGCCGAGACGAGCCUGAGGAUGGAGGGCUGGCCCCUGGCGAGGCCUCCCAGGGCUCAGACUCGGAGGGCGGCGCCCAGGGCCCGGCCUCGGCCAGGAGGGACCACACAGAGCAGACUCCGGAGGCAGCGCCGGCCACAUCCGUGCCGCCCAGUGUCAAACCAAAGAAGCGGAGAAAGAGCUACCGGAGCUUCCUGCCGGAGAAGAGCGGCUACCCCGACAUCGGCUUCCCCCUCUUCCCGCUCUCUAAGGGCUUCAUCAAAAGCAUUCGGGGGGUCCUGACACAAUUCCGGGCGGCUCUGGUGGAGGCGGGCAUGCCCGAGAGCACAGAGGACAAGUAGCCGCCACCCUCAAGGACAGAGUCACUCGGUCGGGAGAGGCCAGCUGCUGUCCACUCACACCUCCCGGGAGUCUCCUCUGCCCGUUUCCCCUCCCCCAAAGCUAGUCCCCCACCGCCCUCCACCCAAGGCGAGUUUGAUGCUGAAGUGCAAGAAGUUUCUUGAGAUGCUGCCGUUUCUAUUCUAAAGCAAUCUUUUGGAUAGGUGGGUCCCCGUGGCAAAGGAAGCCUGAACCCUGCUGCACCCCAGGCAGAGUGUCCCGGCUCUCCUCCCUGUCGGGUCAGAGGCGGAGGCUCUGCGGCCUGACUCUGGCUUUCUGGGCCCGAGUGUGCUGCCCGCCAGCGGCAGGAUGAGUGGGUGUGCCUUGCAUGAAGUGUGAAAUUCCCCCCAGUCUGCCUCCACCUCUUCCGCUCAACAUAGCUUCCCCAGUUCCUGACCCCCCCCACUGCCACUCCCCCAGCCCCCAGCAUUGGCGCUGUCCCCGGGGAGUCGUAGCUGCUGUCACUGGCUCCCGGCUGACUCUGGCCCGUUGAUCCUAGAGUCCUUUUGCCUGUCGGAUGUGCUCUCAGCUGGGAGCAGGCUUAGUUCAGGGGAACCCCAGGAGAGGUGGAGUGGGGGACCCGGGGCUGCUGGGAGAGAGAUGGCAGUAGGUGCCUUGCCCUUCUUCCUGUCCGAGGCCGGCUGGGGACCCGGCAGUGCUGGCUUGCUGGCUUCGCCCGCUCCGCCACAUCUCAGGGCCUGCGGGCGCAGGAGCAGCAGCACAGAGCCAGGGCGAGUGCCGGGGCUGCUCCCGAAGAUUCUGCCCCUCCACUCUCAGAAGAUGCACCUGGAGGGGCGUGGAGCUCCCAGGACAGAGCCACCCUUGCCCAUUGGGUGGGAAGGAAGCGCCCCAUCAGCCCUUGGCUUACCAAGUCCAUCCAGGGAAAGGCGGCCAGCGGGGCACUCCUCCCGGAGACCGGCCGAGGUUUACAAGUUUUCUAAGCUUUUGAUAAUGUGAAGCUCCAGGCUCAGAGGUUGCUGUUGCGCAGUGCAGCGAUGUAAUUUUUGGUGUACGUACGUAAUAUUUAAGGGUGAAAAAACAAAAUCUCAAGAGCAGGAAUCUUAACACUUACUAGGAAAAAAAAAGAAAAAAAAAAAAGCCAAAGCAUG